CCAUGGCUCUCAUUCUCCGUAUCCCAACCCUUGAGACCUCACGACAGUAGCGGCGGCGUCGGCUGUAUUCUUGGAAGCAGAAAUGAAGGUGGUGGCGGCUUAUCUCCUUGCCGUCCUCGGCGGAAACUCGAGCCCGUCUUCGGAUGAUCUCGUAUCCAUCCUUGAAUCAGUCGGAGCGGAAUCAGAUGUCAAGAGGAUCAACCUAUUUCUCUCUGAAGUCAAGGGCAAGGACAUCACGGAGCUGAUCGCUUCAGGGCGGGAGAAGUUCGCCUCUGUUCCAACCGGUGGCGCGGUGUCUGCUGUGGCGGUUGCUGCCCCUGGAGGAGGCGCCGGAGCUGCUCCGGCGGCAGAGGAGCCUAAGAAGGAAGAGAAGGUGGAGGAGAAAGAGGAAUCUGACGAUGAUAUGGGCUUCAGCUUGUUCGAUUAAGCAAGGAGGUUAUAGCUUGUUGCCUGUCAGUUAACUUGAGAACAUUUUAUUGUUUUGAUUUUGAAGCUAGACGAACUAGAGUCACAAGGUGUUUUGCUUUCAGUGCUAUUCUCUUUGAAUCAACUGAUGUAGAGUUUCCUUUAUAUUGAAAUGGUUGUUUGAAUUCAA